AUGGCAUCAGAGGAUUCUUCAUCGGGUUCGAUCCAAUCGAUAGAAACAGCCGGAACUUAUUCACAGAACUCUGUUGAUCCAAUCGAAGAGAACCCUGAUGCUGCGAACCUGAAUCGAAACGCAGCAACUCAGACACACUCCGAUGAUUCUCCUCCAUCUACUCAAACAACCGAAGGGAACCGUGAUGCUGUGAACCCGGAUCAAAACGAAGCAAAUCAGACAGACUCCGAUGAUCCUCCUUUCGCCCUGAAAUCUGCUGCUUUAUUGAUGGAGAAGGGAUCGAAGGCCUUUCAAGCUCGUGACUUUAAUCUCUUCAAGCGUGUUCUUAAAACUUUGAUUGAAAGCAAUGGCGCCGAAUUUGCUGAUCAAUUUGUCCCAGAAAAAUUCAAAUACGGUCUUGCCCUGGAACCUCAAUUUCGUAUAGAAAACGAUCUAAUGAUUGAGGCUUUGCCAAUGGAGGCAGAUUACCAACUGUAUGGAACAACUAUUGUUGCAAUACAAGUUCCACGUGAUGACGACCUGGAAUCUGCAGGGUUACAUCUAGUUGAUGUCCUUGGGAAGGUGUCACUGAAAAUGGUAGAAAUGCAACCAGGUGACUCAGUGGAGAAGGUGGACCUCUUAUCUGCCCUUGGGGAGGUGGAACUGAAAAAAGGGAGUUAUGUGGAUUCUUGCAAGCACUAUCAGGAAGCACUAUCCAUUCUGGAGCGUGUGGUUGAACCAGACAAUCAACGCAUAGCUCAUCUGUAUCCAUUCAUAGCUGAUUUACCUUCACUUAAAGCUCCCAGAAAUUUUAAAAUAUGUUUCUGCUUGGCAAAUUGCUACAAGAUUGAGGAAGCCAUUGAAUAUUGCCAGAAGGCGAUAUUAGUCUGCAAGAACCGGAUUCAGAGGCUCCACAGUUCGUCAGGACUUGCAAAUGUGAAUCAGGAGCCUUUCUCUAGUGUGCCUGAUGUUGGUCCCUCUCUUCCAAAGAAAGAUGAUGAUGCGCAGCUCGAGUUACUUUUAAGAGAAUUUGAAAAGAAGCUUCUGAUUCUGAAGCAAUGCUUGAAGACCUCCUCAUCUACAACCAAAAGUUAUGAAUCAAUCAACACAAGAAUGCAGAAAGAAUCAGGCAUUGAGACAAGUGGAACAAAGGGACAGUUAUCACCGGAUCCAGCCAGCAAAGAACCGACGAGUUCUACCAGCAACCAACCCAGAGGUCCUGAGCGUAGUCCUCCAACUGCGGGGAAGGGAGCCAAGAGACAGUUAUUUCCAGACCCACCCAGCAAUGAAAGUACUCCAACAAAGAAGCAGUCAUUGGACCAGUCAGCAGAGGAGGACAAGGAGUGA